UUGAACAAGAAGCGGGUGCAGCGGAUUCUCGUUCCUUCGGGAUAAUAAUGAAAAAGAUACAAAAAAAACGGAAUAUAUAACGGAAUUAAUCAUGGAAUGGUUUAAACAGCUACUUAAAUAGUGUCUCAUUGAGUUUUGUCGAUCAGUGUUGUUUAGGCGUUUAUAUAGUUAGCAAAAGGUUGAGCUACCUGGCUAAACUUGACUCUCAAAUGUUAACGUUGGUCUCAUCUGGGUUAGUAACGUUAGCUAAAUGCGCUUGAACACUCGUCGACAUAAUAUAAAUUUGGAUUAAUGGCACCGUUACGUCUGUAAUUUCAAGUAUGAAGCCUUUAAAGCCGUUAUUUUUGAAGACGUACGGCAAGGAGAGGCGAAAGCUGUCCGCCUGGAUCUCCCCAGAGAACCGUAACCAGGCCUUCGACAGCACGCGCUCAACAGACGGCGACAGCUCCGUGUUUGAACCCGCAAAACCUACGAGGAAGAGAGAGAGGACCAGCGUUGCCAGUCCUAGAAGGAGCCGUCCUGCCAAGAAGAAGGCCAUGCUGUGUCUGGCUGAGAGGAGCUGUGACGAGGAGAACGCACCCUCUCCUUCCUGUCCUCAGCCUGCUCAGCAGAGCAAGACCACCAGAGUGAAGAAGACUAGUGUCGCCAGUGGUCGGGCAGUGCGUCCUGCCAAGGGAAAAGCGCUGUUAUGUCUGAUGGACACCACCAGUGAUGAGGGGACCAUCAGCAGGACCUCUCCUCCCCGCCGUCAGCCCGCCCAGCAGAGCAGUACAGCCAGUGGUCAUCUUCCUUCUGCGGGCCGCUUUGUAACCCGCCGCAGACGUGCUGCUACCACCAAACCCAAACUCCCCAAAUCAUCUAACAACACACUCAACUCUUCAGAAGACUUUACAUCCAGGGCUUUCGGUUCCAGGAGAAUUGUUCAGCCCACCAGGAGAAGGGCCCCCCUAGCGUUUUUGGUGUCGAGUGCGGAGAAUUCGGUGAACACUGCGGGGGUAGCCGGCUUUGCCACCAACCCUUGCCAAGAGAUUUCCCUCAACGAGUUGACGGAUCACAGUCUCGGGCCCUACCCCAGGAAACCCAUCUAUUGCUCCACCCCCUCGGCGGGCUCCUUCAGCCAACGGCCACGCCUUAAACCCCCGUCCUACAACGACCAAUCCUCCAGCCCGCCAUCCAUGUCUGUGAGUUGCAUAGGUGUCUUGAGCACAUUCCAAGAAGACGUGGAUUUGCCAGGGCAGCCCGGCUCCCCAUCACUUUCUGCACCACCCAGCUGGCUUCGUUCUGAGGAGAAGCUGCGGUCGUGCGUCAGUGAGCAAGAGCCAGGCCUGCAUCGCCACAAAGACCUCUCCGGUGAUUUGUUUAUGGAGCCCACGAGCUCCAACAAGAGACGUCACUGCAGCGAGGAAGACACAAGAACCAAGAAUGUCGGGGGGUCGCCAAGUGUGAUUCUGCUCUCGACAGAAGGUGAACGCAGCAGUCGUUUCGUGUCGGCAGCAGCAGGGUUAGAGUGGCUUACAGAUGCUCUGAAGGAGAGGUGUCUGACCCAGAGCUGCACCGCGCAGCUGGAACGGUUGGACAAGCUCGCCAUGUCGCAGCUAUGCGGCAAAACGGCCUACUCUUCCUGUUUGGGACUUUCAAGCUCAGCUGAAAUCCCGCAGUCUUCCGAACCAUUUCGUCUCCAUUUAUCUGUGAGCAACAGUAAAAUCCAUGAUUGUGUAGACUCAGUAAAUAGUUUAGAGUCUUCUGAACACGCGGCUUCGGUGACUGACGGUCAAAGCAUGAAUGCCUCACUAUCAGCCGAACACUCGCGCACACAGGAAUCCAUGGAGCAGUCGGCAUCAGUACUUUAUGUUAAAUCUACCCACCACAACGACUGCAGCGUUGAGUUUGUCAUGGGCGCACAUUUACCAGCUGACAAGUCGAUUAGCAGCAGCUCUGUGCAAACACCGUCUGCUGUAGCAGUUAAGGGCGAACGUCUUUCUAAGAACUGCACAGUUCAGCUCCAAAAAAUGACUUUGUCCCACGCAAACAUGUCCGAAGAUGACCAUACACAUAACUCGGAAGACCCAGAAGACGUCAUACUUUCAGGAGAAAUCACAGAGAGAAUGACGUUGUCAACAAACACCAGUGGUCUGGCGGUGCAGACACGGUCUAAUCACGCAGAAACAGGGGGAAAGGCAGCGGCGCUCGCGACGAUGCUGAAGGAGAAAUGUCUAAAUGACAAAGUCCUCGUUGAGGUGAAGAGAGUAACUCCGUCACAGCUGAAGGAAAUUCUGCAUUUCAAAGACGCCGCACUCAAAUCCCCCACAGACGGGCCGGGCUCGGCCGGCGACCACCAGCCUGAGAGUGAUGCCAAUUGCCGCAGCAAAGAAACUUCUGUCUACAUCGCAAAGAGACUCUCAACUAGCUCCAGAGACGAGAUCGCCGAAGAAGAAGCAAAGAGCUCCUGCCACGUUCCCCGCAAAGGAAAAAAAAAGACACAUCCAGCUGCUAAAGAAAAGAAGACCAGGAGGAGCACGUCGACGGACCGGCCCGGGACGACCAGGAAGGUGUGUGUGAGCGGUCUGAGCGUGAGCCGCUGGAAGAACAAUGGCAGCACAAGCGCGUUCAGGAGCAGGGCAGCGGACUGCAGCAUCACCGAGCUCAUCUCCACACAACACACACAGCCACGGGAGUGUCUGGGGGGUGCCAUGACUUUCUCCACUCCGCUGAAAGCCAGUCGCCUCAACCUGUCGUCUCUGCUGGCUGACCUGACGCCCAACACACACACCUGGAGUCGGCUCAAGGCCGCCCUCUCUGUUCAUCGCAAGAACAAGGUGCUAGUCACUCCAAGCAGUUUACGUCCGGCGGCGCCAGGCUCAUCUCGACGAGCGAUGUUGACCGACGUCAGUCAGGACCUCUUUGCCACACCCUUUCGAACGCCGCUCAACAAACGCCUGCGGCCAGAGCUGCUGAGCACCAAUUCCCCGGUUGCGUGUGAGGAUGUGGAUCUGUCAGACGUAGAGAAGGUGUGUGCUGAGUGUGGCCAGCCGCGCCCUCUGCCGUGGGAGGAGUGCGUUCUCCCUCAACGUAUGAAAAUGUGUGUGAAGGUAGGCGAGGGGACGUUCGGUGAGGUCUUCUCCACCACCAACGCCUCAGGAGCCAUUGUAGCACUCAAAAUCAUUCCAGUAGAGGGCAGCGAGAAGGUGAACGGAGAGGACCAGAAGACCUUCGGAGAGAUUCUCCAUGAGAUAAUUAUCUCAAAGGAGCUGAGCAGCCUCAAAGAGAAGCAGCAGAACAAGACUCACGGAUUUAUCGGCCUCAACGAACUCCACUGCGUUCAGGGCCGCUACCCUCCAGAGUUCCUGAAUGCUUGGGACAUCUUCGACCAGCAGAAAGGCUCCGAGAAUGACCGACCAGACUUCUUCCAAACGGAUCAGUUAUUCAUAAUCCUGGAGUUCGAGUUCGGAGGCGCCGACCUAGAGAACAGCAAUGGAGCGCUGGCGUCUUUGGCGGUGGCCAAGAGCAUCCUUCAUCAGGUCACUGCUGCCUUGGCUGUUGCUGAGCAGGAGCUACACUUUGAACACAGGGACCUCCACUGGGGCAACGUGCUGGUCAAAACCACCAAGCAGAAGAAGGGGAGCUUCUUCCUGAAUGGAACAGCCCACUCUCUGGACACCAAAGGAGUGCUGGUCCGCAUCAUCGACUACUCUCUCUCCAGACUGGAAAUCGAUGGUCUGACGGUGUCCUGUGAUAUCUCCAAUGACGAGGAGCUCUUCAUGGGCCGGGGAGAUUACCAGUUCGAUAUCUACAGACUGAUGAGACAGGAGAAUGGGAAUAACUGGAGUAACUACCACCCCCACACCAACGUGCUGUGGCUCCACUACCUGUGCUCCAAGCUGCUCUCCAUGAAGUACCGGGGCGUGGGAGGGAGGGGCAUCAAGGGCAUGCGAAAGGAGCUCACUGGCUUCCAUGACAACGUCCUCCAGUACGGCUCUGCCACCGAGGCGCUGCAGACCUGCCCCAUGUUUCAGUAGUCUGAUAGCGUCUGCCUCCAUCAUCCAUGUCAAGACUGUUAGUGAUCUCCUUUAAU